GAAGACCAUAGCGGACCCCAUCCGCCGCCGCUUUGCUGGCAUGGUCACAGCCGUGGACGAAGGCAUUGGCAACAUCACUCGGGCCCUGCAGGUCAAGGGGAUGCUUCAAGAUUCCGUGAUCAUUGUCACCACGGACAAUGGUGGCCCAACACAUGAGUGUGCUGCCAUAGGAGCGUCAAACUGGCCCCUUCGGGGUGGAAAGUGUUCCAUCUGGGAGGGUGGCACGCGAGGAACUGGACUCGUGUAUGCGCCUGGCGUUAUGACACAAGGUUUCACAUGGACUGGCCUGAUGCAUGCUGCAGACUGGCUCCCCUCAUUGGUUGAAGGCGUGGCCAUGGAGGAUGCUGCCAAGAUCCCUGAUGAAGCAACGCUACCACUGGAUGGAGUGAAUCUCUGGCAUGCCCUCCUUGCCAACCAGAAGUCGCCGCGGAACAACAUGUACUACGGAAUUUGGGAUGCAACCAUUGGAAACGGUGGGCCAGCACUCCGCAACGCAGAGGGAUGGAAGCUUAUCGUGGGCGGCGGGGGCGGCACGGGCGAUUGGCCGCGGCCACCUGCAAGGAACUUCAUAUCCAACGAGUCGGCGCCAACGCCUGUGGUGCUCGAGGAUGCGCCCCCUGGGAAAUACCUUCUCUUCAACCUCAACGAUGACCCAUCGGAACACAAAGAAUGCAGUUCUGACCACCCUGAAAUUGCCCAAGUUCUGCUCAUGGAGCUCCGCAAGCAACAGGCCACCUCUGCCCCACAAGCAACCGGGGACAAGAGCUGUCCUCCUUUGAAGAAGCGAAAGGUCCUGGGACCCUGGUGCGACAAGACGGAAGUGGAAGUUGUGGUUUGA